CGUUAGUAUUAACACUUCUUUUGCUGUGUUUUUUCAGGAGAUCCAAUUGCUACAUUAUUUUUACAUGAAAAAGAAAAAUCUCACCAAUACCAGACAAUACAACAACCAUUGAUGAGAUCACGAAACGAUUCCCCGUACGAUUAUGCGUAUUCAAAUAUGGCUGGUCUUCAAGACGAGAAUACUAAAGAAACCUGCAACCCUUACUACGAACACUCGAAAGAUGGCGGACUAAACAAAGAUGGCGGUAAAACCAAGCAUGUCGUUAUAGCCAAUGAUGACGGACAAUCGAUAAAAAGUAAAAAACAAGAUGUCACUAAUCCUUCCUAUGACACUCAUGAAAAUAAAUCCAGUGAAAUUGCAAGAAAUCCAAUAUACUCAUCGUCCUAUGCUGUUCCUAACAUCAAGAGCGAUGUAACAUCACACGAAUAUUUAUAUCCGACUUGUCAGAUUAACGUUAGUGAAAACCCAACGAUGUCGGAAUAUACGUAUGCCGUAUCCCACGACGUUUCGCAAAAUCCACUGUACGUGAAGAAUUGCCAUGAAAAAAAUCCAAUAUAUGUUCAUACUGACGAGGUCAAGGUGUAACAGCGUAACAUGAAUAUUGUUAUAUAUCAUGAUCACUAGAAUUCACACGAAUCUGUUUUAUAUGAGUAAGACAAGACCGAGGGUGUUCUCGUU